CAAAUUCAUAUUUUUCCUUCCUCAAAUUUCAGCUACCGUGCUUCAGAUCAUGUUUUCCUGUGCCAUAAGUGGCACCGCUUUUUGUGGGGUCUUGCUUUCCCGAGACCAGCACCACUGGUAUCAGUUCCGCCUCGACAUGAGCCACCCCUGCUCAGGAUCAACGGUGGAGGUUUCCCCAUUCUCUGUCAUUGACCAGAAGCUCCAUGCUACCAUGAGCCAUCUUACACAAAACAUCUGGGAGAUUCAAGACAGACUCGUUCUUGCUAAACGGGAAUACGAGAGGACGAUAUUCCAGAACAAUGAAGAUCUGAUCGCCCAAUACGAGACAGCAGACGACUUAACUGAAUCUUACAACAUCGGGGAAAACUGUGAAGUGAAAGAAUCGCUUUCACACCUGAUCGGAUUGUUAACAGAAAUCUCGCUACAAAUGAAGCCUCUUCAGACCGGAUAUGCCACACAUAGAUUUUUGUCUGUAAGUUGGACCGACACUGUUAUUCGGAAUGCACUCUGCGAACUCAACAUGUUGUCCAUAUAUGUACAAGGAAACACUACUCGAACGCAUUGUUCAUUCAUUGUAAAGUUUCGACACCUAGGCAUCGGAGAAAGGCGAACAUUUGCAUUGUGGAUGUUAGGAAGAAUAAACUCGGCACUCAAUUUAGUUCCGGGUCUUGUGUCCGAAUACAGUCGAGUCCGGAACCAAAUGGUUAUGAAUGCGACAUGA